AUGCUCCGAUCAAUGCAUAUUGAUCGUACCUCCAAUAUUCUGGGGAAGGAUGAGUGCCAUGGUGAUGUGAGUGAAAGAUGUAAUUGCACAUGAAGAUGAACUUUUUGAAAUAUGGCAAUCCUAGGCAGUAGGUACUUGCAGCUGGUUUCACUCUCAAGGCACCAUUCUGUGACUAGUUCUGGCUGGUGGACCAUAAGGGUUUGGUGAACAAAAAAGUCUAUUCUGCAAGGCGGAAGACUGCCCAAUCCUGAUUUAAGGCCAUAGAACAACGAACAGGUUAAAAGGGGCCUCAAUGUAACAGCAAGAGGAUAAUUCUAUAACUGAAAUCAUCUCAUACACAAAAAAACCUCUUUGACAAACCAGAUUGUCUAAAAUAAUAAUCAUUCAGUGUUGGGUUUAGGUGGGCCUUUUGAGGGUGGCAGGGAUUCGCCAAUGUUGCUACAACAACAAAAAAUGUCCAGCUCCUUAUGGAUGCCCACCAUAUUUUAAUUAUGUAACUGGGAUAGCUCAAUCAGUAGAGCAUGAGAUUCUUAAUCUCAGGGUUGUGAGUUCAAGCCCCAUGUAGGCCAAAAGAUUCCUGAAUUGCAGGGGGGUUGGACUUAGAUGACUUUCGUGGUCCCUUCCAACUCUACAAUUGUAUGAUGUACGUAUGAAAAUGGUCUUUUCUUGCAGCAUAGAGCAAUCCUAAGCAUAUUUACUGACAGCCCUCUUAUUAGUAUUAGUUUCUCAUUAACAUGUAGACAAGUUGAGCAAGUCUGUUCAGUCACCAUAAAGGGCAGCAAACAGAUGCUGAGCAUACAGAAUUCUACCAACAUGAUGGCAAAACUUAAGUGAGUCACGCAAGGAUGGCCCCUUUCCACCUGGUUCUGUUUCAUUCAUUGAUAGCAGUACAAUACCAGGGGAAGGAGUCACUGAGCCUUGUGAGACAGUUCAUUGCUGAUACAGUAUAUUACAGAAUUCACCAGAUAUAUUACUACUGAACAUUUGUGUGUAUGCGUACACACAAUGUGCCCCACAUAAGUUAUCUCAGCAAUCUUUAAAUAUUCCCUUGAAAGUAGGUCAAUAUUAUUUCAGUUGGAGUGUCUAUGUGUGUUAUGGUUGAGGGGUGGGAUAAAGGUUCCUUCAUUAAUCAACUGCUGGGGCAAGAUUUCAGCUGGGAUUUCCUAGCUGUUACCUUAUAAUCAUUAUGCUCCUAUUAGUUUGAUCUAAGCUAUUUAUAUAAUGCCUUCCAUCAGAAUUUUACAAAGCAGUUUACAUAAAAGAACUAAAUUAAUAAGCUUCCACUUAUAUAUAUAUAUACAAUAAAGCUCCAUAGAUAAGCUACAAGCAACAGCAAAGACCCAAAACCUUUUUUGAAAGGUAGAUCUAGAUCACCAAAUUCAAGUUUAUCAUUGGCUAUUAUUCAUGAUCAGUAUCAGAAGCUGCUUCCGGAACGUUUACUGUGGCUGCAUACAAGAUUUUUGCAGCACCCACACAUUUUUGCUAUUUAGUCCAGAUUUACACUUUUGAAGAAAAAUCCCAUAAUUAAAAACAAAACACCUGUUGCCAAUGUCCAAAUUGUGAUAUCUCAACGACCUGUUUGCAAUAUUAACACCCCCCCCCUCAAUCUGGAAGCAAAUAAAUAUCUGUUGCUAGGAAAAAUAAUCAGGAAAGUGUUAGUGCAGACUUCCUCAACCUCGGCCCUCCAGAUGUUUUGAGACUACAAUUCCCACCAUCCCUGACCACUGGUCCUGCUAGCUAGGGAUCAUGGGAGUUGUAGGCCAAAAAAAUCUGGAGGGCCGAGGUUGAGGAAGCCUGUGCUAAUAUAUUCAUGCCCUGCUUGUUGGCUUCUCAGACUGUAAUUUCCCAGUGUUUCAUACCACUGCUGCUUACCCAGGAGGAAGGGGCAGGGCAGAGCUUGCUGCUGGUGCAGUGGCAGAGACAAUCUGAUGCCAUACUCGCACCACACCAAGCUCAGCUCCUCUCACCCCUUUCAGAAACCAUCUGCAACAUGCAGCACUGGGAAGUCAGGUCAGCAGUGCGUCCCUGUCUGCACUACCAAUCACUAUUGCCCCCAGAGGCAACUGGUUGGCCACUGGGUGGGUUUCUGGUCAGAUCAAUCAGGGUUUUCCCUACAUUUUUAUGUUCUUAACACUCCAGCCCUCAGAACAGGGUGGCUCUUGAGUAGCCCUGUGGUGGCAGUUUGGAGAAAAAGGCCACCUCACCGGGAGCUAUGUGCUGGGAAGCUCAUGAGUUGUUCUGACUUAACUUUCUCGUCCCCUCAGGACAAAGUGGUCCUCAGGUAGCCCUUUGGUGGCAGUCAGGGCAUGUGGCCCUCAAGCUAAAAACAUGUCCCCACCUAUGCUUGGAAAGCAUGUGUAAGGUAGUGUCAGCAACAGGAAGUGACAAGUGUUCCCUAAGAGAUUUUAAAUAUCAGAGACUCAACAGGGACUUUAAUGGACUUGGACUUUAGGACUAUUCAUUGAUUAAAAAAACUGGAUCAAAGGGAAGAAAUAUCGGACAUGUAACAGUCAGACACAAAAAGUUUAAAGAUCAUUCAGAAGACUUCUAAGUCAGCAUAUUGUUAUCACCAGUAAAAGGCAAUAAAAAUGUAGCAUUCCUCCCCCCCCCAGCAAAGCUGCUUAGAAACUUUGCCACAAGUGCCCACCAAAUACUGAACCUUUCUGUGGAUAAUUAAAUGAUCCUAAUCACACGUAUUUCAAAAUGAGCUUACGCAUAUAAAAUUUAGACACUUGAAAGGGCUUAAAAUUUCUGAGGUCCACCAAUUGCAAAAUAGCAGCAGCAGGCUUUUUUUUUUUUUUAAAGUGGGUUCUCCCAGCCUCCACAGAACCACCACCAAGAUCACCAUUCAGGGACUAUGGCAAUGAGAACAACAUUCUGUGGAUGCUACAACACAUUCACAAGCUGCACUGAGUUCAGACUAAGCUGCAGUGCAGAAGUGUCAUUUGUGAGAAGAUUCCACAUCAAUAUAUUUCUGAAAUGGAGGGCACUGCUUUGACAUCUCAGUUUUGAAAACUUUCUACCAAAUCACUUUGUCACAGUGUGAAAACCACUCUUGGUCAACCAUGGGAUCAGUCUCAACCGUGUGAAGAGUGCAAUAAACGGAUUGGCAGAGCUUUGGCACUUAUUUAAACCUCAAAUGUUCUGUUAACACCAAGGUUGCAGGUUCAAUCCCCAUCAGGGACAACUGCAUAUUCCUGCAUUGCAGGGGGUUGAACUAGAUGAUCCUUAGGAUCCCUUGCAACUCUAUGAUUUUAUGAUUCUAUGAACAUCCAGUAAGCUGUAGGGUACUGUUUUCCAUUAUCUGGAUCUCUCAUGACGGGCACCCUCAUAGAGGUUUGCACUCAACUCUUCUUUAAGUCACAAGGGACAUUAUUAUUUGCAAGCACAUAAUUGCAUCCUUCUAGAUUGUACUUGCCGUAACAACGGAGCACAAAUAAUACCUGACACUUCGCCAGAUCCUGAAAAUUUGUAAACAAGGUGUUCCGUAAACACUCAUUUUACAGAAAGGAGUACACACACCAACAUUUCCCUUGGAUGUUUCCUGUCGGCUCAGUUAAUUUAAGCAGAGUUUAGCAAUGUCAGCAGCAACGACAAAAAUACCUCUUCCAAAGUUUUAAACUGACCUUUUGACACAUCAAGAUUGGAGGUAGUGCUACAAGGAAGCUGUUUUGGUUAUCAAGGAUUCUGUUAAUUAGAACUGUUGAUGACAUGUCAUGCUACAGGCAGAGGUGUUGAUAUAAUCAUUUCAAGCAGUGGUAUAAGUAACACAGAGAAAAGGACGGCAUAAGGUUUGCAAAUUGGAGAGCAGCUUAGUAUUUGGUUCAGUGAUGCAGUGGCACAUGAGCAAAUGCCCACAGAAUUUCUUCCACAUUUACUAUGGUUCAGUGAUCUCAUUUGCUACUGCAGUCUAUUCCAUUAACACUGCCAGUGGUAUUGGAAUGCCCAAGCUUGUAAUAGGCUUUCAGGCUCCUUGGAAUAUCUCCCAUCCCCUGAGUGGCCAAAGGUUAUGCUCUGCUGUCGAGAUUGCCAUCGAUAAGGUCAAUGCGAAUCCAUCUUACCUAGGCAAUUACAGCUUGGAGUUUAUUUAUGCAGACUCUGGGUGUGAAGCAAAGAAGUCUCUGUAUGCUUUCAUCAACCAGUUUCAAAAAGAACACAUUUCUGCCUUGUUUGGACCAGUUUGCUCAGAGGCAGCAGAGGUUGAGUAUGAAUUCAUCCUGCUUUUUCUCUUUCGUUAAUUGUAAUAGACAAUAUUUGUUAUCGUGUGCAGCCAACCAGGACACAUCCACACCAUGCAUUUAAAGCACAUUCAAUGCUCAUUUAAAGUGCAAGGCUUCCCCCAGAGCAUCCUGGGAACUGUAUUUUGUUAACGGUUCUCGGAAUUGUAGCUCUGUGAUGAAUAAGCUAUAGUUCCAGGGUUCCUUGGGGGAAAGCCAUGUGUGUUAUAUGUGUGUUAAAUGUACUUUAAAUGCAGCCAAUCAGGCUUUACGUUCUUCUCUUCUCCCCUGCAGAUCUCGCUGCACCCCUAAAAUCUUCACUGGAGUGUCUCCCAACCUUUCAGGGCAGAUUUUGAGGAUGUAUACAGAGCUGUGAGGUGUGGGGGCAGGGAAGAAAAGAAGGUGAUUUCCUGUUGUGUGAGCAGAUAUUUAUUCCACUUGUGCAUAGUCCUGUUUACAAACCUCUCUCACCUUUCUAGAAUAGCCUGUAGGUUGUAUUUAAAGACUGGAGUUCACUAAUCUAUUUUAUCUAAAAGAGGUGCUCUCCUAUGCAGUUGUGGAACUGCUGAGACCACAGCCAAGAUAUUGCGGGUGGGAGGCUGUGUGCCUCAACUGUAUUUUAGGACACAGUUUGAUUAUAUCUCAGACCUAGCUUAAUUUCUAGUCUUUCCAUUAGUUCUACAUACUUAGUGCCUGUAAACAAUUAAAACGGGGCUCUGCACUCAGUGUGUCUGCAAAAAAAAUCACAAAACAUUUGUUGUUGUUUUUAAAAAGCAAGGUGACUGAAAAUAUCGCUAUAAUAAUUGCUUGCCUGUCUCUUUGAAAUAUCGUUGGCUCUACACAUGGAUGGAUUAAAUCUGUCAUGGCACCUGGUUGUUAUGCACAUGGUUGUUAUGCAAGCAGUGGUUUUUGCAAUCUUGAUUUUGAUGGGAACCUAACCUUGGCAACUUAAAAAGGAAAUUAACAAACAUUAUGUGCCACUUAAGCAAUCAUAAAACCUCAACAAAAAACCCCAAACAUUAAGCUUCUCAAUAAAAGACAAUUAAAAUGGGCAUUUAAAAAUAUUCACAAUGAAUUAGAAUGAACAAUUAACUAAAAACAUGUAAUUUCUAUUUGUCUGGAUAGGCUUGCCUGAACAUAAAAGUUUUAUGUGGCUUCCAAAAUGAGUGCAGCAAAAGUGAUUAUUAUAGGAGGGUACUUGCAAAGUGUGGGUGCUGCCACACAAAGUGGUUGUGGGCUUUUGAUCUAUUUUUGUCCCCAGCUAAGGAAAAUCCCAGUCAGGACUUCACCAUGAGCAUAUCCUCCGACAUUUCUGGCACUGAAAUAGGGAUGCUCCGUUUUUGGUCUCGAGCUCUCGGGCCUGUAUCCCAUCUUUCCACCAGGUGGUGCACAAACAAGCUAGCAGCUGGAAAAGAAACUGGAAUCCUGGAGGAGGAGGAGAGAAGGAGGAGAAGGAAUGGGCUUGCUUGAAUUCUCUACAGCAGAGGUGGAGAAACUGUGGUUCUCCAUACAUAACCAGAUCACAGCUUUCAAAAUCCCCAACUCCUAGCCAUGCUGACUGGAGCUGAUGAGAGUAGAUGGGGAGUUCCAAAGAGAAAAAAAGAGCCCUAGUAUUAGGCUGGGGAGGGGAGAUGCUGCAGCUGGGACAGCAAAGCUUUUCUCUGCAACCUUAGUCUGUUUUACUAUGCUCCAGCUCAUACCCACCAACAUUCCUCCAAUGAAAAUAGGGGUGUCCUAUUCAAUAAUAAUAAUUUUACUAUUUAUAUCCCACCCAUCGGCCUGGAUUGCCUCAGCCACUCCGGGAGGCUUCCAACAUAUAUAAAAGCAUAAUAAAACAUUAAGCAUUUUAAAAAACCCUUCCCUAUACAGGGCUGCCUCCAGAUGGCUUGGGGGGGGGGUCAGAUAACUCCAUACCCUCCAACAUUUCUCUGAUGAAAAUAGGGAUGUCCUAAGGAAAAGCAGGACAUAUCAAAUCAGAAACUGGGACUGCUUCUGUAAAUCUGGGACUGUCCCUGAAAAACAGAGACACUUGGAGGGUCUGUGUUAAAUGUGCAACCAUUUGUACAUAUUAUUAGGGCUCAUGGAGAUCUUUAAAUUAGAGCCUGCCUAUGACAAAAGGGACAACCUGCAUUCAUUUCAGAUGGGCUUGGAAGCAAACAAAACAUAGAGUGCUUUGGGGCAUGAUGGAUAUGCAUGAAUAAAGACAGCACAACUCAAUUGUGAUUUAAAUAUCCAUGCAUAUCAUUCUAGUAAAUGGUUCACAGUGGUCUCGAUAACUGGUCUCACAAUUGAUUUGGGAGAAAUAUUGGUGUUAGUAUCUCACCACCCAAUCAAACCCAAUGCUGAGUUUAGCUCGUGUUUAUUUAUGCAUUAAUAUAUAUCAACUUCACACCUAAUUAUGUUAUGUUGUGUUAUUCUCUUCUUUUCUGUAUCUACUUAAAGCUCCUUUGUUUAGACAAGUUUAUCCAGACAUGUGGAUGUGGACAUGUUUGAAUCUCUUUUUCGUUUGCCACUGACUUUGUUUUUAAAUGUUUUAAAUUACUUUUUUAUUGAUAAUUUUAAUAUUUCUUGUAAACCAGAGGUUGUUGUUUUGUUUUGUUUUGUUUUUACAAUCAAGUAGUAUAUAAGUUCUAUUCAGUAAAUAAAUACACUGAAAUCCUAUUGCAUUGAAAUCCUAUACACUGAAACCCUAUUGUCAUUACUUAUGGGCACCAUUAUUGCAGGCAGUGAAAUAGAGAAAAAUGAUUAACAGCUGGUUUUUGUAUUUCCAGAAAUGGGAAAUCAGGCAUUAUGUGUUUCAGUUUCACAUCCCCCAAAGGCCUUGAUGCAAUCUGAAACCUAUACAUCACCUAAAAGAUCUUCAUUUGAACAAUGCUAUGAGUGACAGUCAACCAAGUUUACUUAUUGCCUCUUGAAUGUUACUAUUAAAUCCAGUUCUUUUUAUUAUUCUCCACCUAGGUAACUGGUUUGCUAGCUUCUCAGUGGAACAUCCCCAUGUUUGGGUUUGUUGGCCAUACAGCCAAGCUGGAAGAUUCCUUUGUUUAUGACACUUAUAUCAAUCUUGUCACCCCUCUGCAAAUGAUUGGGGAAGUCCUUUACAAAACUCUCCAGUAUUUUGGGUGGAGGUACGUUGGCCUCUUCGGAAGCUCAAGUGAUGUUUUCACUUGGGCUGAAACAGAGGAGUUGUGGGCUUCUGUAGAAAAUCAACUCAAAAGCAACAUCACCAUCACUGCUAAGGUGAGAUACAACACAAAAGAUCAAAGCCUCCAUCAAGACAAGCUCAACUAUAUAGCAUCAGUUGCCAGAAGUAAGUUUUUUGUUUCGUUUUUCAUGACAGGUUUCUGGGCUCUGGAGGUAAAGAGAUAAUUCUCCACGUGAGUUCAUAAGUCUCUCAGCACCAUUGUAAGAUGAACUCUGUACAUGAAGGAUGGUGACCAAAACACUUUAUUUGGAACAAACUCAAACCAACAUUGGACAUGAGAAAAGCCCAGCAGAAAUCUAUGUCCUCAGCUGCCUCAGGGCCUGGUACUUAAAGUGCCAUACCCUAGUGAACUGAAACACACAUAAAACAUGGACUGGACUUACAAAAGGGAUUUUACUUCUCAAUCCAUUUCCCAUGGCUUGGUGUAUCUGGCCCAUGAUCCACUGGUUACCCACCUCUUACUUAACUAACUUCUUCAAAUAGAAGAGUAUCCUCUGCGAAACAUGACACACUGCCACUCAACUUUUCAGAAAUUGAAGCUCAUUGCAGUUCUUUCUUCUCCCUAUAUGCUGCCUGUGUGUACCUUUGAGCAGAUCCAACUAGUGGUGCCUUCCCACUAGAUAUGCUCUCCAGGGUGCUGUCCAACCAAAGAUGCCUUGCUGCCAUAUGUGCUGUCCACUGGUACUGUGGGCAUCAGUGUAGAGAAAACUGUAUUAAACCUGUGUGAUUACCUGUCCCUCAUCUCUCUGGUGCUCCUGGCUCCUGUGUUCAACAAGGUGUUACACUUUAACUUCUUCUGGGAAUUGACAUUGCAUUCCUAGGGUUGCCAUACUUCAAAAAGUGAAAAUCUGGAACAAAAAGUUGUUGAGCUUUAAUUGCGUUUUUGAGCUACUUCUGAGGGAAAUCGGCAAAAACAAUACUGCCGACAUGGGGUGCCAUACAUCUAGCUUUUCCCAGACAUUUCACCAAUUUCCACCCAGUCACUGCUUGCAACUCAGUAUUCCGGAUAUGUCCAGGGAAUUCUGGAUGUAUGGCAACGCUACAUUCGCCUGAAGACGCUCACAUUGCAUUAAGCCUGAAGAUGUAGUCCUGUUUAAAUAUAGUCGCGGUGCUUGGGAAUUCUUACCAUAGACAAAAAGCAAGGAAGAGGUGGAAUGGUAAAAGUUUAUAAAAUUCCACAGGAUGCAGUGAUGGCCACCAAUUUGCAUAGCUUUAGAGAAAGAACUGAACAAAUUAAUGGAAGAUAAGUCUACUAUAGGCUACUCACCAUGAUGGGUUUGCUGUGCCUCCUUGUUCAGUUGCUAGUAAACACAGGAAGGAAGAGUGCUCUUGUGUUCAGGUCCCUCCUACAGGUUUUCCAUGUGGCUGGCCACUGUGAGAACAGGGUGUCAGACUAGAUGGGUCAGUGGCCUGAUCCAGCAGGCUCUUAUGUUCUUAUGCCACAUAGGUUUAAGUCAUGCGACCACUUGCAGGAUUUGAGCUGAUGGAAGAUCCGAUUUGAGGGGCAAUUUGGCCUCAUUAUUUGGGUUUAUGCCUAUUGACUCAUAUUAUACAUAUUGCCCAGAUAUGCCCUGAGGAAAUGUUGCAUGCAUACAUGGAAGCCCAGGACGCAUGCCUGGUAGGCAGAGCAGAAAGGCAAGAUAUUCUAUCACAUAUAGGGAAAAGGUAGAUAUUACUAACAAGAUUGUGGUGGUUUUUUUAUGGACUGAACCAGCAGGAAUUUUUUAUCCUAUGUGAAAAUUCUUAUGGGAUUCUCUGUGUAAAACUAUUUCAAUUAAGAAACUCUUUAAAUGAGCAGAACUAAGGGCAUGAUGAAAGAUUUCCCCGAGGUUAUUUAUUUAUUAAAAUUGGUAUACCACCCUUCAUCUGAAGAUCAAAAAUGAGAACACAAAAUACAUAAUGAAAAACAAACCAUACCCAAACACAUUUAAAAGGCCACAGGUCUUUUAAUCUGCCAAAGGCCUGGUUAUAGAGAAAUGUUUUUGCCUCAUGCCUCAAGAUACGUAAUGAAGCCACCAGACAAGUCUCCCUGAGGAGAACAUUUCACAAUUAUAUAUUACUAGAUUAUAUACUGCUAAACCUUUGGAAUGUUCACAACUCUCACCUUUCCAUAACAUUCUGUUUCACAGGCAAGAAAGGAGUGGAGGUGUCUAAGUCUGGGUGUGUAAGUCACAUGGCUACACAAGGCAAAGAGCUCUACUUAAUGCCCACUUGUAACAAGAACUAUUUAUACAAUACUUAGUAUAAAUGGAGGCAGCAUUCUCAUACUUUUUUCUUUUUUAAAGUACCAAUAACAACUGAAGUUGGGAAUACUUCUUUGCUUAAGGAGUAUUCAUAUGCACAGCUUCUGGUUACAUUCAGGUGCUCUUGUCAUGCACUUAAUGCACAGGGACUUCCAGAGACCAAAUAAGUGACUUUUCUCUCUCUCUCUGAAAUAUGAUACACUUCUCUGGACUGCAACACUUUAAUCUUUUGUUCUGUGCGCUGAUUUCAGUGGGAUAGUCAUUUGUGUGCCUGAGGGCCUGGGGGUUUAUUAAAUGAUUUGGGUGAUUAGGAAAUGAUCUAAAGUUACGCAAAGCAUGAUCUAAAGUUGCAUUUGUUUUAAUUACCCAAUAUAUUUUGUAUUGCUUCAUAGUGAUGCACCCCGAACUACACACAAUCAAUCAGUAAUUUACCAAUACCCUUACAACAACUUUGUUCACCACAAUGUGCAUUUAUCAAGACAUUGUUUUGGCUUUCUUUCCCGUUUGAGUUUUAUACCACUGAGUUUGCUGUUGUACCAACUAUUUAGUUAGGGUUGCCAUAUUUCAAAAAGUAAAAACCAGGACAAACCCUAAAGUUGCUUUAAAAAAAAACAAAACAAAACUCCAAAACCGCCAAAAAAUCUUGAUUUUCGAUUGACUUGCCUAAGAUCUAGUGGGUACACUUGACUUUUUAGAUGCACUGGGAACUGAUCUGUACUAUUUCUUUUUCAGUUAUUGUUUUAAUCUGCAGUUCUUUGGAUGCAAGAUCUAUUUUGUUAGAGGCCAAGAAACUAGGUAUGACAAAUGGACCAUACGUGUUCUUUGUGCUGCAGCAGUUUGAGGUCAGUAAAUAGCUGCAAUGUGGUGAGUAUUUCUUCAUUACCUUGCUAAAGGCAUGGUUUUAAGGAUUACUGUCCUCAGACUUACAAUCUAAAAAGACACAACACAACAGGAAAAUGGAUUGUGAGCAAACUCAGGUUUAAGUUCUCAGUUACAAGUUGUAUGGAUGGUAGGUCAGAAAAGCAAUGGGUAUCUCCAAAUCUAGCAUGCUGUAGUAUUUAGAAUUCUGGACUAUGGCUGGGAAGAGUUGGAUUCAAAUUUUGCAAUAUCUAUCGCCUUAGACACUAUCUCUCAUCUAACCUACCUUGCACACUUCGUGAAGAUAAAAUCAAGCAUCUAUUGUGCUCUAUACAGUGUGGUGUAGUGGUUAAGAGCAGUAGACUCGUAAUCUGGUGAACCGGGUUCGCGUCCCCGCUCCUCCACAUGCAGCUGCUGGGUGACCUUGGGCUAGUCACACUUCUCUGAAGUCUCUCAGCCCCACUCACCUCACAGAGUGUUUGUUGUAUUCAUAUUACUAAGCAUUAUGGGAAUGGGGUAAGCUACCUAUUUAUUACCAACAGUGCUGUCAAUCACUCUUUUGUCUUCUAGGACAAUUUUUUGAAAGAGACUUGGAGUAAUGGGAACAGCAGCGUCCUAGAUGCCUAUCAGCCUGUGCUGCUCAUAGCUCUCAGAUCUUACAGAGAAUACAAGACCUAUUCUGAUUUUGUGAAGGAGGUCCACAGCAAGCUGAAGGAGAAGCAGCUUUCAGACAGUUUCUUUUCUUCACACGGAGAGGUCAUAUUCACAGCCACAACUUAGAUACAGUGGUACCUCAGGUUACACACGCUUCAGGUUACAUACGCUUCAGGUUACAGACUCUGCUAACCCAGAAAUAGUGCUUCAGGUUAAGAACUUUGCUUCAGGAUGAGAACAAAAAUCGUCCUCUGGCGGCGCAGCAGCAGCAGGAGGCCCCAUUAGCUAAAGUGGUGCUUCAGGUUAAGAACAGCUUCAGGUUAAGAACAGACCUUCAGAACGAAUUAAGUACUUAACCCGAGGUACCACUGUACUUGUUCCAAGGAGGCAUAACAAAAAACCAAGAGGAAACCAGGCUGAAUGCCCCCAUUUCCCCUAACUUAGAUUAUCCUAAAGGGCACUGUGAUGCCACAUGAAAAAAGGGCCAAAUAUCUCAAAUUUUCUAAAGGCAUGAUUAUCUGAUCCACUAUUUUGAAUAUUAAAAGUGUAGGAAAUAUAUUAUUGGUUUUUAUGGUAGACGACAUCAAAACAUUUCUUGAAAGAUUUUCUUCACUCUCAAGCCAUGCUGAUUAGUUUUAGGAGCUGAGGCUUUCAACUCAUUUACUAACAUGUGUAGUCUCAUUUGACCUGCAACCAGACCCAUGCAGAGCUUGUUUGAGGUGCAAGGCAGGAGUUUUGGUAGAAUAAAAUUAGAAACUCACACAAGGAAGUAGCCAGUCCCUUGCAGUGCCCCCCCUGAGGUAAAGUUCUCAAACCAAGACACUAAUUCUGGUUUUGCAGAGUUUGUAAACCAAAUGAUUCUUAAACCGGACUGUUCUCAAACCGAGGUAUCACUGUAUUUGGGGGAACCACUUGAAGCAUCCCUUGUGUUGAGCUAUUUCAAUUGUUUUUGUUUGAUUUUCUCAUUGCAAACAGUGGAAAAUCUGUAAAUUUUGAUAAUAAACCUGAUUUAUAAUGGGGGUUGAAUAAUUUCGAUUGCAACUGGAUUUCGAGUUUGGAAUAAAUGAGUCCACUGCUAAAUAUAUGCAGUCAGACAACUGAAAGAAUAGUUUAAGAAACUUCUUCCCUCAGAAGCCCAAACUCUUACUGUUCUAUAUGACUCUUUUCCAGGUAAGUUCUUAUGCUGCCUACCUACAUGAUGCUGUUUUGCUUUAUGCGUUAUCCAUAAAAGAAAUGUUAGAAGGGAAAAAGGACUUCCGUGAUGGAAAGGCCCUUGUCAACAGUUUGAAAGGUUACAACAAAACUCCAAUGUAUGGUAAGUUUGUGGAUUCAGACUGCAAACACAAUCACUUGAGAGAGGGAGGGAAGCUGCACCUCUGUAGCUGAGCUGAUACUCUGAACGUUGAUGUCCCUCCCAUGUAUCUUCAGGUAAAGCAUCUCAAGGAGCAGGGCUGAGACAACAGAGAAGCUUUCAUUCACUUGGUACUAUCCAAAUGUUUUGGACUACAACUCUCAUUUGUCCCAGCCUCCAUGGACAUUCUGGCUGAGGCUGAUGGGUGUUAAAGUCCAAGAUAUCAGGUUGGUGAAGAAUACAGAGCAUCUGCUAGUACCAAGUCAGAAGGACCACCAGGCUUACUUCAUGAAGCAGCACAUAUUUGGAGUAGAUCCAUUGAACUUCUAAAUAAAUGUGCAAAGGAAGCUACUUUAACCAUUGCCAAGUGAGCCUUAGGAACCUUUUCCAUGUUACUCUUAGGAUCUCAUGUGAUGCCAACAGAGAAUGCUUGGGUGCAACUCUGUGAUUGCCUGUUGCCCGCCCUUAAAAGUAUUGUCUCUCCACGGUUGCAUGUUCAGUCAAAACAGCAUUGAUAGAUAUAACAGAAUAAACAAUUUGUUCAACUUUGCAUUCACAGAAACUCCUCCCUGAUUAAAAGUGGCCACCUUAUAAGCACGUAGCUGAGCUAUGGAGGUUCUCCAACAGCCAUUAAUCAUGAUGCCUAUGUCCUACUUCCAGGAUCAAAGGCAGUACUCCUCUGAAUACCAGUCACUUGAGAACAACAGCAGGCAAGGGCUCAGUCAUGUUCCUUUUGUAGGCAUGUGAUUAGCCACUGUGAGAACAGGCUGGGUUUGAUGAGCCUCUGGCCCGAUGCAACAGGGCUCUUGUGUUCUGAUGAUCCUGAAAAUCUUUGCAAAUUAGCCAGUGGACUUUUGACUACUGCAAAAUGGACAGGAUACAUAAAUAUGUAGUACAUUGUGUCUUCCUGUGCUGAGGAAGAGGCAGAAAAAUAACAUCAGUCAAAAUGGGACAGGUGCGCUGAAGUGUGGGGAAUGUGCUAAAGCUCUUAUUUUUAAUAUCUUUUUUGUUUAGGCAUUACUGGCCCAGUCAACAUUGAUGAAUUAGGUGAGAGGAACAUGGAUUACUCUGUGUAUGAUCUCCAGGAAUUUGGCAACUCAGUUCAUUUCAUUCCAGUGCUUAACUUUGAUAGUGUCAGGAAAACAACCAGGUAUUAUUUGUGUGUGUGGUUCAUGGGCACUUAGCAAUUUAAUCAUUUGUACAGGAGAUUUACCUUGUAAAGUACUAUAUAAUCUUCUUUGUAUUCAUUCUUUGAAGGAGUAUCUUUUCCUUUUUGCCCAUUUUAUAAAGGGAAGAGCUGAGACCAAGAGUCAGUGACUCACCCAAAGCCAUUUGAGUGAAUUAUACAGUAUGGCGAUAUUUGAACCCAGAACCCAUGUUCAGCUGCCAUGUAUCCAUGCAUUAUUGUGGUUGUCUGAAAAAAAGAGAGCAAGCAGCUGCUCACACAUAGACCUCCAUGUAAUUCAGACACCCAGUUACUCUGAUGUCCUGAUCCCAUGGAAGUCUACUCUCCAGCAUCUGCUCAUGCCUAGACUUUGUAGGGCAGGCCUGUUCCCUAGUGCUCCUUUGAUGCCUCCACCUGCAACUUUAAAUUCUAUAUUGUAACAACAAACUGAAUUCAGCUUUACAAAAUCAUUUUUAAUUCACCUGGUUCCUUGCAAAGAUAACCACAUUGCAUGUGAUCUAUUAGUCCCAUUGUGAACUUCCGGGUUAGCGCCUCCGGCAAUGGCGGAUUUCCUCUGAUCGGGAGGAAUCCGCUUCGUGAGAACUAGGGUCUGGACCGCCACGGCGAGGCGGAGACCCACUAAAAACCUCAGGCGGGAGAAGAAUUAGGCAAGAAUAUUAUGGUCAUGAGAAGUGGGUAAAAAUAAGAUUUAAGUUUCAAGGUUUUUUAUAAGAUAAGAUGAAAAUAGAUCAAGGUAAUGUAAUGACAGAAUAUUAUGAAAUAUGGAAAGGAUUUGCUGCGAUAAUUAAUAACUGGGAUACAAAAAACGGGAGGAGGAGGAGGUCAAAGAAAGAAGGUAAUGAAAGUUGAAGAUUUGAGAAUGUUGGUUUUAUUUUUGUAUGUUUGUGGAGUAUUUUUGUUUUUUGAAUUUGUAUUGUUGGAUGUGGUUUGCUUUCUUUUUCUCUUUUCUGUUUUUUCUUUUUUCUUUCUCUGCUUUGUCUUUUUCUGUAAUUUAAAAAUUUUUCAAUAAAUAUCAUUUUUUUAAAAAAAAAAGCCUGUGGACGUGGGAUUCGGCUGGCACCUUUUGCGUCUCCCCUACUCACGGGGAAACCCGGUUUCGGGGAUCCGGAGCGACGUGGGGUGAAUGGCGCGGUGCUUCGAAUCAACUGCUCUUUUAACGGAGUGAAGUCGCAUUGCUGUUGCUGGAGAGCGCUGACUUUUUUCCUGUGGACAAUUGGAUUUUAAACAACUGCCCGUGAGUAGAACGGAAAAUUGGAUUAUGAAACUUUUUAAUUUGGCACCGAAGCGGGAAGGUCUAAACAGGAAGUCCGCCUUCCGCCUUCCGCUUUUGUAAAUAGAUUGAAGCAAAGACAUUGCAAGCUAGAGUCUGGAAAGUCGUUUGUAAAGAACUAAAUUUCCAUCAGUUAAAAUUACUAAACCCCCCUUGGAAGCAGGAGAAGAGGGGGGAAUUUCUUUUUAGACUGUUUAAACCUGCAGAAGAGAGAGCAAAGAAAGAUAAUUUUCCACCGUCUUGAACCUGGGAGCGGGGUGUCAGAGACAGACGCUUUGGGGAAGUUCAUUGACUGUGGAUAAACGUUUUUGACAGAUAGUUAAAAAAGAGAAACAUAUUGAUUCCAAUGUUCCCUUUUGCACUUAAAAGGAACAAAAUAUCUGGAAAACGAAAGGAACUUUGUUGCUAGAUCUGCUUUUAAAAAGACGGAUACAAAUAGAAAUUGUUUCCUCUAGAGGGAGCUUGUGAAACUGUUGUUAGAGUCGAUCUGGGGAAUUCUGCAGCUGUAGAGAUUAAAGAUCGUGAGACCAGACAUUGACCUUGAACAAGAAUGUGCCCAGAAGAAGCUUGCUUUUUGCAAGACAAGCGCUUUACUGGAACAGCUACAUGAGAAGAUGGAUUUGAUGACUGUUGCAGUUGGCAAUUUUGGACAAACAGUGAAUACCUAUAUAGAAACCACUCAGGAAUCAAUCCAGGAAUGUGCUUUGACAGAGCAAGUGGUGAAGAAGAUAAAGGAGGAGGUUGUUGCUGAACCUCAAGUAAUAGAAAUGGAGAGAGCUGCGGCUUUGCAGGAACAUAAGUUGUUGUUUCUGACGAAUGAACCUGGAGAAAGUCAGAUUUGGAGAGAUGGAGUACUGUUUGGUCUGGAGAUGGGAAGUUGGAUAGAUCCCCCUAUGCAGGGAUGUUUUGACUUUUCGGAUCUGCCUUUGGGCCAGGGGGAGUUUGGAGUUGUGGGGGCCCUUAACCUUGGAGGGACUUUGAAACAUGCCUUCAAACAUCUUUUGGAUUUCAGUGUCGACUAUGGAGAAUGGUCUGACUUGUUGAGAAGGGAUAAAGAUAUUGUCAAGUUGGAGUCUCCCCGAGAGAAAGGAAGAAAAUUAAGAAUAAGAUCAGCAGAAGAUAAAGUAAAGUGCAGGUAUAAACAUGAAGAAGACCUGCAGAAGGGACAUGGAAAAGAUUUAAGAGCCUCGGAUAGAAGGUCACCAGGUUGAUGGACUAGAUGGAUGGGAUAGAAAGGACUGACAAAACCCGAGACCAGGAAGAAGAGACGAUGGAUGAAGAUUGGAAGAAAGUUUUAAAAAUUCAUUUAGAAAAUCAUUGUAAAAUUAAUGAGUAUUAGAAAAAUGUUGGAAUGAAACUAUUUGGCUUUAAUAGAAACGUUAAAAAGAAUUAUGUAUAAAUAUGUUAUGUUAAAAAGAAUUAUGUAUAAAUAAGUUUUAAGUUUUAAGCUUUAGGGCUUUUUAUGGUAAGAUAAGGUUAAAAUAAAUUAAGGUAAUUUAAUGACAGAAUAUAGUGAAAGAUGGAAAGGAUUUGCUGAGAUAAUUAAUAACUAGAAUACAAAAAAGGGAGCUGUGAGGAGGUCAAUGAAACAAGUUAACGAAAGAUAAAGAUUUGGGAAUAUUGGAUUUGUUUUUAAAUUUUUUGUUUAUUUCUGUUUUUUGAUUUUGAUGUAUUGUGUGUUUUGUUUUUUCUUUGACUUUUGUUUUUUGACUUGUAUUGUUUAAUUCCUCUUUUUGUCUACCUUUUUUCCUUUUUCCUUUUUCUUUUUUCCUUUUUCUUUCUGUAAUUUUAAAUUCUUAAAAAAAGAUCUAUUAGUCCCAUUGAGUUCAAUGGGACCAAGUGGUUACAGGACUGCAACCUUACUAUUAUUUGUUAAGCAGGAAGUGUAUUUUGGCUGCAACAUCCUGUGUCUUGUUCUGGUUAGCAAGUCAGCAGAAGUCAGGCUGGUGUCCUCCAGAUAUUUUGGACUACAAUUUCCUAUAGCCCCAGUCAGCAUAAAUGGGCAGCACCAGGUUAAGAGGGACAAGAUGCCUACUUACAUGCAAAGAGGGAUAUGCUAGCUGUGUGGAAAGCUGCCAUCUUUCUCCUUCUUAAAUCAAUUCAAUGCUUCCUUCUUUAUGAAAAUCUUGAAAUUCUAUUUUCAUUUAAUAUCUCUGAAAUGAAAAGUGUGGAUUUAAAACUACAAGGCUUCUUGCCUUUGAUGCUACCUGGGAACAAAAUGGUGGCAGGACUAGAAAGUCCAUUGUCAAUGUUAAAUUCAAAGGAGAUGCGCUGAUCAUUCUGUUAUCAUGAUCGCUCUGUCAUUGUUCGCAUAAGCAUUGCGUGGCUUCCUUUGAACUAAUUUGAACUUGUGCUAACUUGAACUUGUAAACAUUCUUGCACAGAUUUCUGAAAUGGAUAAUCACACACUAAAGAUGAAUGGUAUUCUGAUACCAGCAGAUAUAAUUAUUAUGGGUUGUAUGAAUCAAAGCAUUGAGGAGAAAGUGCUGUCAGCGCAAGGAUUUCUUCACGUGCAAUGGAAUGUUCUCUGACUCUGCUUCUUUGUGACCCCUCCCUAAAUCUAUUCUAGGUUUCCUGACAUUCUAGGCUGAUUUGGGGACGGCACAUGUGAUGAGAUAAGAGUGGAGGAAAUCUCACUGUUGCCAGUACUCAUCCUUGUCCUAGGGCAAAUUUUUAGUUGAAUGCCCCGCAUCAUUAAUUUUUUGGCAGGCUUCUAAAGAACAACUGAUCAAAUCUUCCUCUUUAACAUAUUACAAAAACAUUUCAUCAUAUUAAACAUACUUUACAAUAAAUCUAUCAGUGAUAUCAACAAUGACCUGGUUGACAUUAGGCCGGUUUGCCCAAACCUUUUUCAAAGGGGGCCAGAUUUGAUGAAGUCAACAUGCCUGAGGGGUGACCAAAAUUGCUGACCUUUUUUUAGGAUUGAAGUUGUUGAGCUUUUUAAACCGAACAGCAGGCCGAGUAAGGCCCCUGAAACGGACAUGCCUGCAUUGGGGGAUUAAGAAACCACAGCUAAGAAAAUGGAAGAUCACGGAAAGGAUGCUGGCACUUGGGACUGGAACAGUGAGACUGGCCUCAGAGCACUUGCAUGAUAGCUUCAGUUACAUAGGCUCCAUGUAUCUAUUCCAGUGAACAGACAAAUCUUGGACUUAGGUUUGCCCCUCUGUUAUUGACAGCCAUCCAGGUCCAAGGUAGUGCUGAAGCCUGAGCUAACCACAAUGUAGGAUACCAGAGCAUGUCCAUAUGCUGCCAAAUCAACAAAUAUUUUCCGAGCAUACCAUUUUUAAUAAAUACAAAUAUGUUACACACAACUCAUGGGUAAAAACGCAUACCUUGACCUAACACAACAACCCAUUUCUCAAAAGAUAGCAAAGGCUGAGUGAAGUCCAUGGAAGAAAAACACACACCAACCGUCAACUUCAAUAAGUCACUUGCUGGACUUGUUCAAAAUAAGCCAUUCUUAACCUUUACACCCCAAAUUUGGCACAGGCCAUCCUGAAAUAUAUCAGAUCAGUUUGUUGAACAAUUUUGCAAUUAUUCUUCUUUAACAAUCACUCUUAGCAGAGUAAGAUUGUUUUCCAUGAACACGGUUUUAACAGUGAGUCUGUAAGUGACUAUGGAGGCCAAUUCUGGAUCUACUGCCCCCAGUUUCUAGUUAAGAUGGCAGAAUGCAAUCCAAUCAACUCACCCUUAAAACUGGGAGGAAAAUGGAAGCCAAGAUAAUGUGAAGAGCUUUCCUGACCUAGGAGCCAGGGACUUUCCAAACUUGGGUCUCCAGCAGUUUUUGGGCCACAACUCCCAUCAUUCCUGACCACUGGACCUGGUAGCUAGGGAUGAUGGGAUUUGUAGUCCAAUAGCAGCUAGAGACCCAAAUUUGGGAGACACUGCUCUAGUGUCUGAACCGGAACCUGAACCUGCUACCUGAAAUCCCUCUAUUUAUAUAGGUACUUUCAUUCAUAGGUUUGUAGUUUAUGGCUCACUCUGAAAUAACAAUGCACUUUUAGUUUCAGAUCUGGACUUAAAACCAAUUUCUGCUUCAUUUUCAUGUGGAGAAUUAUGGCUAUUUGUACAUUCCUCUUUCCUUGUAUGGGUACAUUUAUCACAAAGUAUGUGUGUUAAUGAGUUUUGGAAAUAAAGAGCCUUCAGCUUUAUAAUUGAUGCAAGAUGCUGACAUACUUAUUGUCUCUGUCCAUAGCCCAACCAGACAGAUUGACUAUAUCAGUUGGGCAGAUGGAGAAAUACCUAAGGACAAACCACUGUGUGGGUUUCACAAUGAACACUGCAAAACUCCAGUUACCAGUAAGUGUGAUUAUGUAAUGCCUGCCAGUUAAAUGUGGGUUAUAAAUUUAUUACUACUACUAGCAUGCAAGUAGGACAUACUGCAAAUCAUGUGUCUUGUAUGCCUUUUGCUGUAUCAAAGCUGCUCUGUUCUUGUCUGACACAACUAUGCAACUACAGCUGUGCAGUUCUGACCAUUUUCAUUCCACCAAGUCAAACCUGGAUGUUUUUGUUACAAAGAAAACUGAUUUAUUUGUUUAUUUUUAAGUUACAGUUGUGGCGGGGGCUGUGAUCACAUGUUCCAUGGUAUGAUUGUGUUAUAAUUAACAGCAAUGCUUCUGUGAUUUCUUGCUCCUUUAUAUUCUUUUCGCAAUGGUGCGAUGGCUUUGCUGCCUUGAAUUUGGCCUUUUUUGUUUUGUUUUGUUUUUGGAUGUGUUCCCAAGAUUCAGCUUCAUUUAUAUGUUCUUUAAUGAACUGUUCUUUUGUUGUUAAAAGGUUCAGCCAUGAUUGUUAUGAUAAUUCUGCUGAUAAUAUCAGUAUCGGGGGCCAUUGGUGUGGCAAUGUAUAUGAAAAACCACAAGGGAAACCUUCGAAAUGAUACGUGGUGGAGAAUUAAUUAUGAGGAUAUCAUCAUUUUAAAUAAUAAUAAGGUAAAGGAUGAUCUGUUGUGUACUGAAACUCAAGUUCUUUAUCCCAAGGAUACAGUUCUCCAGGGGCUUAUUUGAAGGGAUCAGUUGCAUUCAUGUAGCACUUGUUGGUGGAUGUGGAACCAUAAUGAUAUAAUACAGAUCUGAAGCCAAGUCUUUUCAAUAGCCAUAGUCUUCAUUAGACACUCUGGCCCCUUGUUCCUCUUUCUCAGGACCCUUCACAGGUUGGUAGAUGACUGCAUGAAGCAGAAAAUCUCUCAUACUGGUACAAUUUUAUUGCACUUUUUAGAAACCCUCACUUGCCAUAGUCGUCCUUCAGCUUAAGGAGGGUGACAGUAGAAACAUCUCUCAUUUGCCCUCUUAGCUUUAUAAUUUUAUUUCAUUUACAAUAUCACUCAGUAAUAAAGGUUUUCUGGGGGGUUAACAAUAAGAUCAAAACCACAAGAAGUUCUCUUUUUCUGACAAGAUGAACAAGGUCUAUAUGACUACAAUACGUUAUUUCAUAAUUCAUCAGUAUCAGCAAAAAGAAAAGCAGAUGUCAGGGUGGAAGGUUCUAGCCCAGCCUUCUCCCUAACAUGCUAGUUUCCUAUAUAUAGGAGUAUUUUCCCCUCCUAUGAUGUGAAGUGGUGCAGUUGAGACAUAAUUCCUCUUGUACUCUUUGUACAAGAACUAUGUCUGUGUUUCAUACUUAGUGUAGGUACUUGCUUUGUUGCAACUUCAUGUUAACUACUUGCCACCACUAUUGCAAAUAAUGGUAAUAACAGUGGCAUGUUUUGAAUAUUUCAGUAAUGGAGCUAAAAUUAAUGUGGCCAUUUGGAAUAAACUUUUGCAUUUCGGCAUUUGUGAACUUAAAUAAUUAAAUCAAAACUGAAUUACAAAGUUGCUGAGUUGAGCUCUGUAGCACAUUCAAUAUUUGUUUGUCCCUCGUAAAGGCAUACGUCUCCAAAAAGAACCAUAUAAUCAAAAAUCUCAUAGCAAAUCUCGUAAACAAACAAAUAGCAUAUCAAAAAUGCCAGGCUGCUUAUUUACAGUAAGUUUUUCUCAUGACAAUGGCAAUGACACUUCAAUCUGUGUUUUGAAAUCUGAAUCUAGUAAACACAGUUAACCCAAAUUUUGCUUUCACUACUAAUGCCAGUGUUAUUUUCAUUCAGGUCAAUAUAUCAGCUUGUAACAUUGCACCUUAUAUUAUCUUUCAAAGGGAAACUUCUGUCUGUCUCAAGCAAGCACACCAGUGUCCAAAGGAACAGAGAGCUUGGGCUCCCAUUUGUUUAUUUCUAAGAAUGAUGAUUCUGGACCGAAGAACAAGCAAGGGAAAGAAGUAUUUUACACCACUGUAGGACUUUAUCAGGUGCAUAUGUAAACACCCAGAAUAUAUUGUGCCAAAUGGAAUUGUGUUCCAUUCACUUCUUGAAAUAGGGUCCUGUAGUGAUUUCAUGCUCUUUAUUGCAGCAUGUAAAACAGUGAUUGAAUUGCCCCCCAAACCUAAGGCGGCUAUAUACAUUAUUUACACAAUGAGUCCCAUCUGAUUGGCAGAUUCUGCUUCCCUCUUGGAGCCUGAUUGGUCUUUUUCUGCAGGCCAAUCAGUUGUUGCAUUCUACUAUCCUACCAGCCUAAUAGGAUGAUUAACUUCCUCCUGGAGCCUGAUUGGUCUUUUCCUUCAAGCCAAUCAAUUCUAGGAUCCUACUUGCCUAUUGUUCUAGGAUCCAAGCUUAGUACAGUGGUACCUCGGGUUACAUACGCUUCAGGUUACACACUCCGCUAACCCAGAAAUAGUACCUCGGGUUAAGAACUUUGCUUCAGGAUGAGAACAGAAAUCGUGCAGCGGCAGCAGGAGGCCCCAUUAGCUAAAGUGGUGCUUCAGGUUAAGCACAGUUUCAGGUUAAGUGCGGACCUCCGGAAUGAAUUAAGUACUUAACCCGAGGUACCACUGUACAUAACACUUCGUGUUAUUUCUAUUAUGUACAGGAGAGCAGGGCACAAACUGCCCAACAGAAUAAAAGCCAGAAUAAGUCACAGGAUUCACAGGUAGGAUUGUAAAGUGUGACAGUGUUAAUUUUCACCAGGUUUGCUACUGUUGUCUGGAAAAUGAACAUAUAAACACCAUAGGAGCUUACUGGAUAUUAUUUGUGUUGCUAUAAGUUAUAAUUCAUAAAACACCCACUUGCGCCACUCACCAUUUUGUUUUAUUUUAAAACUUAUCUUUUUUAUAUAAAAAAAUUGAAAUUGUGCUUUACACCUGUGCUAGAACGGAGAAAAGUUAUCCCCUGGGGGGGGGAGGGAUGCACACUGAAGGAGGAGAGAGAUGCAAAGUUCUGCUGCAUGGGCAGAGGUUAUGCCACCUGUGGAAUAACUUCACUGGAUUCAGGCCACCCAUCUUACCAUCUAGCAGACUUAUUAGGGUUUUAUAAUUCUUGAACUUGCAAAAGAUGGAACGUAUUAAGACGUUUAUGAAUCUGAGCUCAGGAUUUCUCUUGCCUCAGACAAAAACCAUCAGCUGUAAUGAUUGUUCUACAGUUUACCACUCAUGGUUUGUCAUGAGCAGCAGACUAAGACAAACCAUGUUUAAUUCACAGUGACACACCAGCAGCAGAAGUGGAAGAGGAGCAAAGCGGCCACAGUUUCAUCUCUGGCAGCCCACACCAUGCAAGCCAUAGUUGGGCUUAACAUUACAUAUGAACCAGGCCUAUGUAUCAUUACUAUUAUGUAAUAUAUUCCUCUUAUUUGUCUGCCCAUUAUUUCUACCAAUAUCUACCCAGAGUAGCUAACUAAGUCCUCUGUAAAUUCCUAGAGUGGCAUAGUUGAUGCGGACACACAGAAAGAUCCUCAAUGUAUCCCUGAAGAUGCCUACCAGACUACGUUGUUCAUUUCCCCCCAACAGUUUCCAUGUUAAUGUAUUGUGCCUCUUACAAUUUAUGUUUCAGGGAAUUGUUGUUGCUCUCAAAUUCAUUGAUAAUCAAACAGAUGCCUGGAUCCGGAAACCAUCAGUUCUCCAGGAGGUUCGGGUGGUAUGUUUCAUUCUUAAAUAGUUUAACAAAUUUCCAUUUGAACAGUAAGUUAACUGAAACAGGCAGGUGAUCUAAAAUUCACAACUGAAGUAAGGAAGUUUAUUAAGUAAUGCAGAAAAAACCAUGAACUGACUGAAAUUUCUAAAUGAAGCUAUAGGUCGAUAUGCUUUGGAAAACAGAUUUAAUUAGCAAGGUCUCCAACACAGGGCAUUGUCUUGCUUUGACCAGAUAUCUCAGAGUGGUCCCAUAGCUUAUUUCUUCUGCAAUGCCAGUAAGAAGGAGCAGAGCUGGCUGAAAAAGAUUGUAUUUGCUUUGCUGUAUGGUGUCAAAUCUGGAUACCACACUUCCCAACAUUCCUUUGCUUUAGAUGAGAGAACUGAGACAUGAGAAUCUGGUGGCCUUUUAUGGGAUAUGUCCUGAAGCUCCAAACAUGUGCAUUGUGAUGCAUUACUGUAAGAAAGGUAGCCUAAAGGUGAGUAUUGUACAUCAAAGUUUAGAACAAUUAUUACAUUAAAGUAGAUCAUACUUAAUUGCCUUAGAAAGGAUUACUAAAGCAGUGUGUUGCCAAGUCAUAUAUGCUAUUUUUGGCUCUCUUCAGUAUUAUAUCUAUCUAUCAUCUAUCUCUAUCAUCUCACAAGACAGCCAAUGGAGGUGCCCUCCAGAUAUGCUCCUGAUCAGUGGUAGCCAACAUGGUUAAUGUUCAGGAAUAAUGGGAUGUGGUCCAGCACAUCUGGAAGGCACAUGGGGGGAGGAGGGGCGAGUCCUCUUGCAGAAGUGGCAAUACUUGCUCUAAUGUGAUGCAGUAGUUGAAUACCACCCCAGUUGAAUGUGUGGUUUGCCCCAUGAAAGUCAUGUGCACCUCAGUAAUGUUUCCACAAUACUUAAAGUUUUGCCUUUUCAGUCAUUUCAAAGACUUUUGUCUUCUUUCCAUAAUAAUAAUAACAAUAAUAAUAAUAAUAUAUAAAAAAAUUAUUUAUAUCCUGCCCUUCCCAGCUGAGGCCGGCCUCAGGGCGGCUAACAACAAUAAAAUAAUGCGACAUUCUAAAAACAUUUCAUUACAAAAAUUAAUUAACAUCAAACUGAUGGCAACCAUUAAGCAAAAAUUCUGUGCAGAUUGCCGAAGGAGGGAGUCAGGUAUGAGCUAAGCAUGGCUCCAGGCAGCUGAUAUAUAUUUACAUGCCUACUUUGAGUGGAGUCAGGCAGCAAGUGCAAUUGUAUCUCAAAAGAAAUAUUUCUACAUGUGCAUUUUCUAGGAUGUUUUGAUGCAUUCUGAUAUCGAACUGGACUGGAUAUUCAAAAUCUCCUUUGCCUAUGACAUAGUCAACGUAAGUAUGGAGUAAUGGAAUUGCUGUCAGCUACUAGGACAGUCAUAAGAAAAAUGCUGUUAUUGUAGUGACUGACUGCUGAAAAGAAGCCAGAAAGAUACAUAUCCAUCACAAGCAUCUGUUGUUUUUGUAGCUAAAGCAUUGGUGUUUAUCAGAGAGAGAGAGUGUGUAAACUGCAUGAAGUUUUGCAACCCACUUCUAAGAGCACUGAGAUCUUCAGAUGGUGCUGAAACAUUAUCUGAUGAAGUGGAUUGUUUGGAGAGUAUCACACCAGUGUUUCAAUAUCAGAAGCGGCACUUUGAAAAGUGUUGUUUUUAGUCUUUGCAUGUUACAUGAUCUAAUAGCCACACACUUUUGAUUAUUCCAUUUCUGUACCAUGUUGAUACAUCAGUGGCAAGUGAAGAGGCUUUUCCAUGGUUAGCAUCAGUUGUGGAUUUCACUUCCCUUGUACCAAGGCUGCCAACUCGCCCUCAGUAUUGUGGGUGCCUGCCACUGCAAUGCAGACGUGUGAACACGCACACGCUCCUCCUCUCCAAAGCCAGUGAGGCACCAUUUUCCAUGUCUGAGCUCCCCCCUACUGAUAAAGUGUUCCUCGCUCACUGACUGCGGAGGGUGGAGCUGAAAUGCUUCUCUCUCAGAGGCAGCACUGCUGCCUGCCAGCUUUACUCAUUGACUUUGUGGGUGCCCGGCCUCCCACAAUUAUAUUAUUGUGGGUUCCCAAGAAGCCACAGCUCCCUGGAGUUGGCUCCUAUGCCUUGUAUACUCCCUCUGGACUUGCAUUUUGUGCUAGGCUUUCAGUAGAUGAAGUGUUCUGUUUUUCUUAUUUUUAUUUGGACAUAUGUGUGUGUGUAUUUUUUAACCGUGACCUCUCCCAAAGUAGAAGUAUGAGUUUAUGACCUCCAGAAAAGGCACAGGUGGCAACAACUAGGAAACCCUGAUCUAGAGACAAAAGCCUCAGUCCAGAACAUUGAAGUGUUACCUAUGUAACCUGCUAAAAUAAAUCUAUGUAAUGAAUGAAAUACCACCCAAAGCUAAAAAGUUCUUGUUUGUGGAAACUACAGAAUCCCAAGCUGACUUGCUUUGUUUGGUACAUGUAUUUCAUGUCUUUGUCUACACUGUGCGUUUGAAUUUUAGGGUAUGGUGUUCAUUCACAACAGCCCCCUGAAUUCUCAUGGAAACUUAAAACCCACCAACUGCCUGGUAGACAGUCGCAUGCAGGUGAAGCUGUGUGGCUUUGGGUUGUGGGAAUUUAAAUAUGGAAGGAAAUCUCAGGUAAUGGCAGAAGAAAGGAAUUAUGCAGGUAAGAACAUUAAGUACUUUCCAUUCCAAGAAAAAAAAGCACCACCCACCAGAGCAUUUUGCAUGCGAAUGUUUGAGUAGAGGUUUAUCUUUAUUUUUAUUUAUUAAAUUUAUAUACCACCCUUUAUCCAAAGAUCACAGGGUGGUUCACAGAAUAAAGAUACAAAAUGAAAACACAAAAUACAAAAACAAACAAACCAAUAACUCCCCUACCACAAACACAUUUAAAAGACCGUAGAUUAUUUACCGGUAAUCAGCCCAAAGCCUAGUGAUAGAGGAAUGUUUUUGGCUGGUGCCAAAAGAUAUGUAAUGAAGGCACCAGGUGAAUCUCCCCAGGGAAAGCAUUCCACAAAUGGGGAGCCACAGCAGAAAAGGCCUGUUCUAGUGUUGCCACAUUCAGACCUCUCAUGGAGGAGCUAUGUGAAGAAGGGCCUCAGAUGAUGAUCACACGGUUGGGUUCAGUUCAUAUGGGGAGAGGCGGUUCUUGCAGUCCUGCGCCAUUUAAGGCUUUAUAGGUCAAAAACAGCACUUAGUAAUGAACCAAGAAACUGGCUGGCAGCCAGUGCAGUUGGGCCAGGAUUGGAGUAUGCUCAAACCUUCUUUUCCCAGUAUGUAAACUAGAUGCUGAAUUCAGCACCAGCUGAGGUUUCCAAGCCAUCUUCAGAGGCAGCCCCACGUAAAAUGUGUUGCAGUAAGCUAAUGUUUAACAUUGCUUAAAGGCAUGUUCAUUGUGCUAAGGUCCUAUCUUGGGGCUGAAUGGCGGGUUAUACAUUUAAUAAGAAUACCCAGUCAGCAGAUACCUGCAUUUCACAUUGCAGAAUACUGGAAAAACAAAAUCUUGUCAUUACAUGGUUCUCUACCCAGCUGUUUAAUGUAUGUAAUACAAGAGUCUCCACUCAUGCUAGAAGGACUAGAAAACAGGAAAGAAAACAAUUUGAAAAUGCAACUGAUUUGAAUAGCGUUCAGAUUUUCUGAAAUAUCAGGGGGUGGGUGCAGAGAGAGUAUCUCUGAGAAUGCUGAAUGCUGUGAUUGCGAGGUUUAUGACUUUCCCACAGCAAGGUUGUGUCUUUCCAUGUUGCAAUUACCAUAUUUUUCUGUGUAUAUGACGAGGUUUUUUUUAUUAUAAAAAGUGUCAAAAAUUGGGGGUCAUCUUAUACACGGAUAGUGCAGAGGAGGGAAGGACGAUUGGUGUCAGUCACGAGCAGGAGAUUGUCAGCGGCGAUUUGGUGGGUGAUUGGUGGCUGCUAGUGCCAGCGGAUGGAUGAUUGGUGGUCAGGCGGGUGAGCAAUUGUCGGUAAUCCCCCCCCAAAAAGCUGCACAACACUGGGCAAUCUCCCCCCAUUUCCUUAAUUUGGUGUCCCAAAAAAUAGGGGUCAUCUUAUACACACGGAGAGCCAGUGUGGUGUAGUGGUUAAGAGCUGUAAUCUCGUAAUCUGGUGAACCGGGUUCGCGUCUCCGCUCCUCCACAUGCAGCUGUGGGGGAGGAAGGGAAAGGAGAAUGUUAGCCACUUUGAGACUCCUUAGGGUAGUGAUAAAGCAGGAUAUCAAAUUCAAACUCUUCUUCUUCUAUACGGGAGCGUGUUAUACACAGAAAAAUACAGUAUGUCUCCAACUGGCAAAGUUUCCUGGCAGGAAAGCAAAUUGGGCAGGAUGUUAGUUAGUGAGGUUUUGAGGGGUGGUAUAGUAUCUUGGAAGUAUUAUGCCCAGGCAGUUGGUAUCAUAAACAGUCGUUAUUAAUUACAGAUGGGUUAUGAAAUAAUAAUUGUGGUUGUUUGCUGGUUCACAGAGCAAGCUUCCAUGGAAACCCCAGAGGGAGAAACUAGGAUUGACAAAUACAGAAACCUCCCAGUGCUUGUUUUCAUACAUUGCAUCAUGCACAUGAUAAAAGAUGGCACCUUCAUGCCUUGGUGCUGGCUUUGGGGAGUGGGUGCGGGGCAAUUUUCCGUGUCCUCAAGUUGUUAGCAGUGCCCACAAGAAGCGGUCUGCAUAAUGGUGGGGUCAAGGCUGGCAACUACCUAUUAGCAGGUGGGCAGGGCCUGGCCAUCCCAAAUUCUAAUAUACAGUCAUACCUUGGUUCUCGAACGGCUUAGUUGUCAAACAAAUCAGCUCCCGAAUGCCACAAACCCAGAAGUAAGUGUUCCGUUUAGGGAAUGUUUUUCGAAAGCCGAACGUCUGAUGUGGCUUCCGCUUGAGUGCAGGAAGCUCCUCCAGCCAAUCGGAAGCCAUGCUUUUGAGAACCAAGGUACCACUGUAUACUAUUACCAACAAAGCUGUGGUAUUCAUUGCUGCCAGCAACAUACCUGGAUGUGUCUGGGGCACAACUAUCUACAUGGACUUCCCUGUAAUUUAGCAUAUGCUAUGGCUUAAAUGGAGACGAAUAAGCAUCUGUAGAGAAUGCAAAAAGGAAACAGGGAUAGCUGAGGAUUUCUGCCUUUGUGAAUUUCUGUGUGAAAUUAUCUGUUCUGCACCUCUUGGAGUAAAGAUUGUAGCGACACAGUUUGUUGACAUUUUGAACGAGUAAAGAUUCAUAAUGACUAGCUAUUUAUUUAUUUUAAAAAUACAAAUUAAUGCGGAACAGAAUGAAAUGAUAGGUUAACUUGUGCAAAACUGACACGGACCAGAAAUGGAUAGCUUUGUACCCCUUUGGGAAUGGGCAAAGCUCAUAAUUACUCACCAAUUACACCUGGGGUAAAACUACAGCAUGGCAGCAAUUUUAACAGACGGUUGAGCCUUUUAAAUAAAUGUUUUAUCAUUCCAAUAUUUUCUCUCUUCUUAUUUUAGAGCUUUACUGGACAGCACCUGAAUUGCUAAGAAUGGCAGAAUAUCCAUUCCAUGGCACCCAGAAGGGGGAUGUGUACAGCUUUGCUAUUAUUAUGAGAGAACUGAUAUACAAUCAUGAAGACGGUCCAUUCCAUGACCUAAGCCAGAAUGCAGAAGGUUGUUUCUUUGAGAUCUGACCUUGAGCUUUAUUUUUUCUUCCAGAUGUGUAGGAAAAGCAACAAAGUCCUCUGUGUGUGUUUGUACAUCUAACAUGUCGUCCUCCUCAAAAUUAUGGAGUCCAUUAACAGAGGAAACAAUACAAACAAUAUAUAAUUAUGUUGUUGUUGUUUAGUCGUUUAGUCGUGUCCGACUCUUCGUGACCCCAUGGACCAGAGCACGCCAGGCACUUCUGUCCUCCACUGCCUCCCGCAGUUUGAUCAAACUCAUGCUGGUAGCUUCAAGAACACCAUCCAACCAUCUCAUUCUCUGUCGUCCCCUUCUCCUUGUGCCCUCCAUCUUUCCCAACAUCAGGGUCUUUUCCAGGGAGUCUUCUCUUCUCAUGAGGUGGCCAAAGUAUUGGAGCCUCAGCUUCAGGAUCUGUCCUUCCAGUGAGCACUCAGGGCUGAUUUCCUUAAGAAUGGAGAGGUUUGAUCUUCUUGCAGUCCAUGGGACUCUCAAGAGUCUCCUCCAGCACCAUAAUUCAAAAGCAUCAAUUCUUCGGCGAUCAGCCUUCUUUAUGGUCCAGCUCUCACUUCCAUACAUCACUACUGGAAAAACCAUGGCCUUUACCAUAUGGACCUUAUAUAAUUAUAGAGCAAUUAUAAUUAUAGAGCAAGGGAAAGAAAGGAAGAUGAGAUCAAAACAUAUUAGGAAAUUCUGUGCCUGUGAAUGUGGUUUGUUUCUUCAAAUAGUAGUAACCCUGAAAUUAAAACUGCUACUAAAGAAAACAUAUGCAUUAUGCAACUCCCUUUGAAAAGCAAUUCAUCUAAUAAAUGAUUCUCAAACUCUUGUUAGUAGAAAGACUGGGCCUGAUUCAGUUUUUCCUUAACGAGUCACACAUGUUUUCUAUCAAUAGCAAACUGUAUUCCAUACAAUUUCUAGAUAUUAGCAAUUUCCAUACAGUUGCUAAUAUGCUAGAGCCUUCUUUUCUCUCUUUUUCUAUUUUUUUUAAUUCCAUUUUUAAAUUGUUUCUCAAGAAAUAUCUCAGUUAUUUCACAGUAAAAGCAUCAACAAUAUGAACAAUUAAUGACAGGUAGUAAUACUAAUAUUUUCAUAGAAAUUGCAAAGUUUAAAAUAGCGCUCGUGAUCAACAAGGUGAAAGUGUUCCAAAACAGGGUGAAUAUCUAAAAAGUUACUGAGCUUUGCUCAGAAUCCAAAUUUAAAUAACUAUUUACUGCAAAUACAGGAUAUGGAAAUUCAUCCUAUAUUUAGCAAGUUUCAUAACUGGCUAACUCAGGGUCCUAAAUAAUGUCUACAAGAUUAAGUUGCACAGUCUCAAAACCAAUAUUCCCAUACUUAAUGCCUAGUAGACCAAAUAUACUCCAUAUUUAUUCAAAUAAAUGACUGUACUAUACUGCAGAUCUAUUUCCAACUGGUUAUGGCUGCAAGCAAUAUGCAUUUAGAUUACUAUGACAUAUCUCAGUCUAGCUCAUGUUCGAAAGGAACUGGCUGAAAAGAACAUAUAUUGCCAUUUCUUUAACAACUACAUGGCUUGCUGGCCCAUUUCUGGGUAAAAUUCAAAGCCCUACAGUCCUUGGGAAGAGCAUUGUUUUCUUCCACAUGAAGUUGUCCACACACAAAGACUCCAUGGGCCUUCUCCUCAUCUCUGCUUUUGAGCAACAUUGCGAAGUGACUUCCAGAGACAGGAGAAAUGUCUUUUGGGCUUUCCCCCCCUUCUCUUGCGGAGAGUGGCUGUGCACACCAGGGGUUCCAAGAGUUAUUUGAGGAAUGGGAUUCACCACCUUUAUUGUGACAUUUAGGAAGCUGCUUUAUACUGAGGCAGACCAUGGUCCAUUCCUACUGACCAGCAGCAGCUGCUCUCCAGGUUAUCAGACAAGGUUCUCUCCCAACCCUUGCUGGAGAGGCCAGAGAUUGAACCUCAGACAUUCUGCAUGCAAAGCAGAUUCUCUACCACUGAAUUAUGGUUCUUCCUCAAAUGUUGAAAGCAUAUAAAAUUAAAGGAACUGAAAGCAAAAGAAAAAGAAAAGAAAAGAAAAGAAUUAAUAUUCUGAAAGCUGACUCAUACUGUUUGUUUGGUUUUUUUGUUCCAGACAUAAUAAAAAGAAUCCAGGACCCUAAUUCUCCUGUUCCACUGCGCCCUUCUAUUUCAACACAGAAAUGUAAUGAAAGGAUUGUUGCACUUUUGAAGGCAUGUUGGGAUGAAUAUCCAGAGAGGAGGCCAACAUUCCUCAACAUCAAGAGAGCACUGAAAGAUGCCAGUCCAGAAGGGUGAUUAUUUUCCUUCCCGUGAAACCAAGUAUGUGUGGUUAUUAUUCAGGACGGAAAGCUAACCUUCAUGUUGGGUUCUGUUCCUGAAGAUAAAAAAAUAAACCACACCUCAAUUGUGUGGUUGCCAAAUCUCAGUAUUCUCACCUCUUUGCCUCCAUUUGCUUUUUUUAAAAAAAUGAUAUUUAUUAAAGUUUCAAAGAAAAAAUUACAUAUAUUUUUUUAAUUUUUUUUAAAAAAAAUACAAAAUACAAAAUAGAAAACACUUAAAAAAACAAAAACACAUCGUUCUUUCCAUAACUUACAUUUCAUUUCCUUACUUCCCUGACUUCCUCACACCUCCCUUUUUUGUAUUCCAGUUCUAUUAGUUAAUUCAGCAAUUCCUUUCCCUCUUUGUUUUUGUCUUAAUCCUUUAACUUAACAUAUUAUAACUUUAGAUUCUCAUCUGUUAACAAUCCGUUUGUACAUACACCUUUAUAACAUUGCUGCUAAGACCACUUAAUUUCAUUCUGACAUCAUUCUAACAUUCAUUAAUUUUGCAAUAUUUCUGUAAAUAGUCUUUAAAUUUCUUCCAAUCUUCUUCCACCAACUCUUCUCCCUGGUCUCGGAUUCUGCCAGUCAUUUCCGCCAGUUUAUCCAAAUUGUAUGCCUCCAUUAUCUGAUAAUAAUGAAGCCAAUCUCGCACUUUGUUUUUUAGUUUCUCAAAGCUCUGCAAUUUCAGUCUAUCUCCCUCUUGUUCCAGAAUUUCCCAAUAUUUCAGCCAUUUGGCCUCCAUAUUGAGCUUUUUCAGAGCUUUCGCUUCCAUCGGUGACAGCCACCUUGGGGUUUUAUUUUCCAGUAGGUCUUUAUAUCUUAUCCAGACAUUAAACAAUGCUUUCCUGACAAUAUGAUUUUUAAAUGCUUUAUGUGCUUUGACCUUAUCAUACCACAAAUAUGCAUGCCAUCCAAAUACAUUAUUAAAACCUUCUAAGUCCAAAAUGUCUGUGUUUUCAAGAAGCAGCCAUUCUUUCAGCCAGCAGAAAGCUGCUGAUUCAUAAUAAAGUUUAAGGUCUGGCAGGGCAAAUCCACCUCUUUCCUUUGCAUCCGUUAGUAUUUUAAAUUUUAUUCUAGGCUUCUUGCCCUGCCAGACAAAUCUAGAGAUAUCUCUCUGCCACCUCUUGAAGCAAUCCAUUUUGUCCAAAAUUUGCAAUGUUUGAAAGAGAAAUAACAUUCUAGGCAAUACAUUCAUUUUUAUCGCAGCAAUACGGCCUAGCAGUGAAAGCUUCAAAUUUGACCAAAUUUCUAAGUCUUUUUUCACUUCAGCCCAGCAUUUUUCAUAAUUGUCUUUAAAUAGAUUCCCAUUUUUGCUGUCAUGUUAAUCCCCAGGUAUUUCACUUUCUUAACCACUGUUAAACCUGUCUCAUUCUGAAACCUCUCUUUCUCAAUCACAGUUAAGUUUUUCUCUAAGACCUUUGUUUUUAACUUAUUCAAUUUAAAUCCUGCAACCUGACCAAAUUCUUGAAUCAGUUCCAAAACCCUUUUAGUACUAGAUUCUGGCUCCUGCAAUGUCAAUACUAAGUCAUCUGCAAAUGCUCUCAAUUUGUACUGUUUAGCUCCGACUUGUAUACCUUUAACCAAUUGGUCCCUUCUAAUCAUAUUUAAAAGUACCUCUAGGAACGAUAUAAAAAGCAAUGGGGAAAUUGGGCAACCUUGUCGUGUCCCUUUUUCUAUCUUAAAUUCCUCCGUCACCACGUUAUUUACAAUUAAUUUAGCCUUUUGUUCUGAAUAAAUUGCACUUAUACCGUUUUCAAAGCCUUGGCCUACCCCCAUCCCCUGUAGGUUCUUCUUCAUGAAACUCCAAGAAAUAUUGUCAAAGGCUUUCUCCGCGUCCACAAAUAUCAAAACUGCCUUGGUAUUUAUAUUCACUUGUAGUUUUUCUAAAAUAUUGAUUAUGUUUCUCACGUUGUCAGACAAAUGUCUACUUGAAUUCUUUAUGUAUCUCUUCCAUUAGGACUCUUUUUAGUCUUUUAGCCAAAAUGUCUGCAAAGAUUUUGUAAUCCACAUUGAGCAGUGAUAUGGGGCGGUAGUUCUUAAGCUGGGUCUUUUCAGUCUCUAUUUUCGGUACAAGUGUAAUAUACGCUUCUUUCCACGACUCUGGUGCCCUUUUCCCACCCAUUAUUUCGUUACAGACUUCCUUUAAAGGUUGUACUAGCCAUUCCUUCAAGGAUCUGUAGUAUCUAGAAGUCAGUCCAUCCGGUCCUGGAGAUUUACCUAGUUGCAUAUUCUGAAUGGCACCUUCCACCUCCUGUUCAGUUAUUUUAUAGUUCAGCAUUAAUUUAUUUUCUUGAGAGAUUUUUUGUAAUCCAUUUGUUUUCAAAAAUCGGUCUACAUCAAUUUCUUUCUGUGGCCCUUGUGUAUAUAGUUGUUUAAAAUACCUCUGGAAACAAUUUCUAAUCUCAACUGGGUUCUGUAUAUUCCUUCCUUCCACUUCUAAAUUUGUGACAGUAUUUAGUUUUUGUCUUUUUUUUCAUUUGCCAAGCCAACAGUUUCCCACAUUUAUUAGCCGACUCAAAUGUCUUUUGUCUCAUUUGUUUAAUUUUCCAUUCUAUCUCCUGAUUCAUCAUUUUCAUGUAUUGUACUUGAUAUAACUUUAUUUCUCUCAAAAUCUCUUGCGACUUUGGUUUUGCUCUCAAUUUCUUUUCACUUUCCUUUAUUUUCUCCAAUAUUUUAUCCUUCUUCUCAUUUUGGAUUCUCUUCUUUAAUGCAUUCUGUUGUAUCAAGAACCCUCUCAUAACAGCUUUGCUUGCGUCCCAGAUUACUCUUUUUUCAACAUUGGUGUUCAUAUUUAUCUCAAAAUAGUCUCUCAAGGUUUUUUGGGCCUUCUUAAUGACUUCUUCAUCUCUAAAUAAGGCAUCAUUCAUCCUCCAUCUGAAGGAGCCGGUUGGUGUUAGUUUCAUCUCCAUCUUAACAGCAUUAUGGUCGGAGCAGGUUUUUGGGCAGAUUUCCGCUUUUCUUGUCUUUGGUGCCAUUCCUCUAGUUAGCCAUAUUUGGUCAAUUCUUGUCCAUGUCAGUUUGGCUUCAGAAAAGAAGGUUCCCUCUCUGGCUAGGGGAUUCUUUGUUCUCCAGUUUGCCUCCAUUUGCUAAACCAGAAAACAGUGAAUGGGAUAGGAAGAGUUUCUAGUUGAGGCCAAAUGCAGCCCACCCCCCGCCCCUCUAUCUGACCCUUGGGACUCUUCCUAGGCCAUGACUCUUCACUAGCUCUACUCUGCAACUCUUUCAAGUAUUUUUGCCUAUCUGGAAUGUGCCCUUCGACUGUGAUCAUGCCUCUUGCUUGCAUGGAAAGGUGUGUGUAUAGAAAUCUCUGUUUUUUGCAUGGCUGGAAUGUAGCCUCCUGGACCAAGGUAAGGGUCACGUCCGUUGCUCUGCCUAUUUUUUUUGCCUCUUACCGUGCUCACUGCUGGCAUGUGGCCCCUGAAAGGUUGCCCAUGCGGGAGUGUGAAAAGAUUCUCUAUACAUGCAUCAAAACAGUUCCAGAGACAAUACUGCACUAUCAUACAAACAAUGGAAAGAAAUUUGGUAGAAACGGAUACGCACCAGUUCCUUAAAAAAAUAAUAUUAUUAUUUUGGAACAUUUGCAGAAGUCACUUCGGUAUCUUGGACAACAUGGUGAAUAAACUGGAAAAAUACGCAAAUCAUCUGGAGGAAGUGGUUGAGUCAAGGACAACUCAGCUGAUGGCAGAGAAGAAGAAGACAGAAAAGCUUUUAUCAGCUAUGCUACCUGGGUAACAGAAACCCUUCACUGCUUCUAAGCCAUUCUCCAGUAGAAGAUGCCUUGAAACACUUUCACCUUUGGAAUAAGUCCUGCCCAAAAAUGAGUUGGCAGUUAUGAGCAUUAGGCCUUUGCUUGAACCCCCAUUUUCUUAUAUUUCAUCUAGUUUAAAAAAGAAAUAACAAGUUUCUAUUGAACAUAGUUAUGGAUAUAGGUUUGGAAAUAUUAAAAUAUGAUUACUUAAAUUGAAUUGGGCCACCACACACACACACACACACACACACACACGGUGGGAAACCAAACAAUAUAUACAAAAGAGAAAUGAGAAACCGAAAUAAAUGGAUUCCAUCAUCUCUGCCCUUUACCCGUAUUCUUGUUCCAGUUUCAUUGGAGAACAACUUGUUGCUGGGAAAUCAGUGGAACCCGAGAGCUUUGAUUCAGUCUCCAUCUUCUUCUCAGACAUUGUUGGCUUCACCAAGCUAUGCUCUCUCAGCUCUCCAUUGCAGGUUGUGAAUCUCCUCAAUGACCUGUACAGUCUGUUUGAUAACAUCAUUAAAAACUACGAUGUCUACAAGGUAGGCAGACAGCAUUCCCUGGAACCGAGUGGGUUGAUUUAAAGGGCAUUCUGCUAUUUUUGUUGAUGUUAAUCUCUGAUUAGUUCUGGCCACAUACACUUACUUGGAAAGAACUACCCAGGAUUUAGAAAUAUGGACAAAUUUGAAGCUUUCCUUGUUAGGUCGAAUUGCUGUCAUAAAGAUGAAUGUAUUGCCAAGAAUGCUGUUUUUGUUUCAAUCGAUACAAAUAAUAGACAAAAUGGAUUGUUUUAAGAAGUGGCAGAGAGAUAUCUCUAAGUUUGUCUGGCAGGGCAAGAGGCUCCAGGAUAAAAUUUAAAAUAAUUGAUGCUAAAGAAAGAGGGGGAUUUGGUUCCACAGACUUUUGUGAACUUUUAUUAUGAAUCAGCAGCUUUGCUGGGCUGAAGGACUGGUUACUUCUGGAAAAUACUGAUGUUUUUGGACUUAGAAGGUUUCACAAUGUGUUGGUGGUACUGGCUGGAUUGUGGUAUGACAAGGUUAAAGCUCACAGUAACAUUUAAAAAAUCAUAUUGUCAGGAGCAUUACUUAAUGUCUGAUAAGAUAUAAAGACUUGGCUGAGAAUAAACCCCAAGGUGGCUAAUAUCACCACGGAGGCAAAGGCCCUGAAAAAAGUCCAAUAUGGAGGCCGGGUGCCAAAAUAUUGGGAGGAUCUUGGAACAAGAAGGAGAUAAAAUUGCAGAGUUUUGAAAACUAAAAGAUAGAGGCGAGACUGGUUGCAUUAUUACAUCAAAUAAGAGAGGUCUAUAAUUUGGAUAGAAAAUUGGCUUCCAGGUGGAAAACUCAAAGUUGGAAACAGAACUGUUAGAUCCCCAAAACUAAAAGAUCUUUCAAGAAUGUAUAACUUGCUGCUAAAAAAUGAAUAAUUAGGAUGAAACGGAAAAUCUGGGUUAUGAUUAAAUGGGCACAGGAUGUUGACAUAACAUUGGUGUUUGCUGACUGGGAACGGUUAUGACCACAGGCAGGAUUGGAGUUAAGGGUAAUGUAAUGCUGAAGAGAAUAUAUCGAAAUGGUGUACAGGUGGUACAUGACCCUGAAACAAGCUGGCAGUGUAAUCACUGACGGUCUGAGCACAAUGUUGGAAAUGUAAUGAAACGGAAGGUUCAUUCUUUCAACACCUUGUGGACGUGCCCAAAGAUUUCAUAAGGCCUUCUGGGAAAGGAUAUAAUGAGUUGGGAAAAGGUAUUUAAGUAUACCUUCUUAAAGAAACCAGAGGCCUUUCUCCUGGCAUUGUUGGCCACUGGUGUCAAAGAAAGAGUACAGAACUUUUAUGUAUGCACAGCAGCAAGCAAGGAUACUUAUCGCAAAGUAUUGGAAGACACAAGACUUACCCACUCUGAAGAAUGGCAGAUGAAGGUACCCAUUAUAUGGAAUUGGCGGAAAUGACUGGUAGAAUCCAGGACCAGGAGAAGAGUCGGUGGAAGAAGAUUGGAAUAGGCUUAAAGACUAUUUACAGAAAUACUAUAAAAUUAAUGAACAAUUGAGGUCUGAUUGAAAAUAAUUGUAUUGGCAAAAACCCCGCUAAGAGCAUGGAAUAUUUGAUUGAUAAGGUUGUAAAUAUCUAUAUAUAAAUAGAUUUAAGUUUUGAGUUGGGAGCAAAGGAAGAGGGUAUGAUUUGCUGAAAGGAGUUUUAAAGGAAAUACAAGUGGGGAGGUGUAUGGGAAGCCAAAGAACCAAGGAAAGAUAAGAAGGUUAAAUGAAAGUAUAAACUUAAAUUUUUUCUGUUUCUUUUUCUUUUUUCUUCUUUUGUUUUCUUUUUUAUGGUUACUGUUUUCCUUUUGUCACUGUUAUUGUUAAGAUGAAAUCCUGUAUUUUUAGCUGUUUUAAUUUUGUAAACCAAUAAAUAUUACAUUAAAAAAAUCCACCAUUGUGAAUGUGGCUGACAUUGAAAUAUCACUGUGAGAUACUAAACACACUGUGGGAUGAGCUCACUCCAAAACUUAAAUUUUAAAAAUAAAACAAUGAAGUUCCCCUCAGGGAAGGGCAUGCCAAGUCAUUCCUCUUGGUACCAAUGAGGACACAUCAGUAACAGACCAUGUUUUGACACCUGCCAUCAGUAGAGUAUCUCUGAAGAUAAUAACGAGAAAUGAAUGUGUGUGUGUGUGUGUGUGUGUGUGUGUGUAUCAUAUGUGGGUUCUGAAUUGGGCAUAACGUUUCUAAGGAACUCUUAAGGCUUCCUUCAUUUUCCCAUUUCUCACUUUUCAAUUUAAAAAGUGCUAAUGAUUCCUUUGAUUGCUUACAGGUUGAAACUAUUGGAGACGCCUAUAUGGUUGCUAGUGGCCUCCCCAUUCGCAACGGGAAGAAACAUGUUGAGGAAAUUGCUACCAUGUCUUUGCACUUUCUCAAUGCAAUCAUUUCCUUCAAGAUUAGGCACAUGCCGAAGGAGAAACUGAGCCUGCGUAUUGGUAUUCAUACAGGUGAAAGGCAGUGGUUUCAGCUAAGCAUGAUUUUAAAGCUUUUGCUACAUUGUUUGUUAAGUAAGGGUUCUGAGAGAUGCUAUGAGCCAGUGUGGUGUGGUGGUUAAGCACACUAGACUUGUAAUCUGGGGAACAGGGUUCGCUUCCCCGCUCCUCUACAUGCAGCUGCUGGGUGACCUUGGGCUAGUCACUCUUCUCUGAAGUCUCUCAGCCCCACUCACCUCACAGAGUGUUUGUUGUGGGGGAGGAAGGGAAAGGAGAAUGUUAGCCGCUUUGAGACUCCUUCGGGUAGUGAUAAAGUGGGAUAUCAAAUCCAAACUCCUCUUCUCUUCUAUGAGACCCCUUCCCUCCCUCAGAGAACUACAAGUCCCAGUUCCUUGGAAAGAGGAAUUGAUUGUUAAACCACUCUGGGAAUUGCAGCAAUGUGAGAGAAUAGGAAUAUUCUAACAAGUCUCCUCGCCCUUAACAAACUGCAGAUCGCAGGAUUCUUUGGGGGAAGCCACAACCGAGAUGACUUUAAAUGUAUAGUUCAGUAGAAUGCCACUCACAACUAUGUUCCAGAUUCUGACUGAAGGAUAGUAACUAGUAAAACAAAUUGAGACUCGUAGCUGCAAGUAAGAUUGCAGUGAAAUUACAGGGUCAAAUCCUGUGAUUGUGCCAAUUAAAUACUAUAACGAAGGGACUAUUCAUAUUCAACUUCAGUUUGUGUGCAGCUCUGUUCAAAGGACUUUGGGGGAGGUAAUGACACGUUUUAAAAGCAAAUACAAACACUUUGAGACAUAAAUCAUCUUGUCAUGUGAUAUUGCAAACACAAGUGUAUAUCUUUGGUGCUGAAAUAUCAAGUAUGGCUACAGAUUGAUGAGCCAUAAAAAUAGGGACGUGCUGAGAUAGUUUCUAUUAUAGUCCUUUGCUCUAAUACCAAGUUAAAGCAAUAAAGCAACAUAAUUUGUAUAAGUGUGUGUGAUCUAUUAGGCUUCCUGGAAAUCCCUUUAGUCUGGCCAAAUGUGUGCUACCAGGAUUUGGAGAUGUACCGGUAGUAAUAAUAAGAAUGUGGCUGAUGGUUCCCCAUCAUGUGAUGAUGAAAUAUAGACAAUAUGUUCUGAGAUACGUAUAAUUAAUUUGAAGGGAAUCUGGCACAAGGAGUAAAAUUUUCUCAGCAUCAUUUAAGAUUUGAUUCACGAGUGUAUUUUUGAGGUGAUUUAAGUCUGGUCACAUUCUCAUUUGUGUGUAUCUAUGUAGAAAAUGGCUGCAGAAAUGUCUGACGUUAGUACUUCAGAGUAACUCAGUCUACUUGACUACAUAAAGGUAAAGGUAAAGGGACCCCUGACCAUUAGGUCCAGUUGCAGACGACUCUGGGGUUGCGGCGCUCAUCUCGCUUUACUGGCCGAGGGAGCCGGUGUACAGCUUCCGGGUCAUGUGGCCAGCAUGACUAAGCCGCUUCUGGCGAACCAGAGCAGUGCACGGAAACGCCGUUUACCUUCCCGCCGAAGCGGUUCCUAUUUAUCUACUUGCACUUUGAUGUGCUUUCGAACUGCUAGGUUGGCAGGAGCAGGGACCGAGCAACGGGAGCUCACCCCGUCACGGGGAUUUGAACCACCAAUCAGCAAGUCCUAGGCUCUGUGGUUUAACCCACAGCACCACCCGCGUCCCCACUUGACUACAUAUCCCCCCCCCAAAAAAAAACAUGUCUGCUCUGUGGGAAGCAGAAAAGACAAUUGGUAAAUGGGAUCACAUUGCUGUAAAAUCCAAACAUUAAUUCAUAACUCUCAAAAGCAUCAUUGCAUAUGAGAUUCUGCCUUUCUUUUCUCUGUGGCUGAUGCCUUUCCUGGUGUUUGUUCUUCUAGGCCCUGUUGUUGCAGGUGUGGUGGGGAUCACAAGGCCACGUUACUGCUUGUUUGGAGACACAGUGAAUGUGGCUUCAAGGAUGGAAAGUACCAGCUUACGUACGUUGCAUGUAUUUGUUAUGAAGGUAUGAGAAAGGCUGGUGUAAACUCCAAAAGGCGAGAGAACAUGUUGUGCUUCAAAAGCCAAUGAAUGAAAGCUUAGAGCAGGGAAAGAAGCAGAACUUUCAGCAAUGUAUAAUCAUGAAGGGAUGUCUUCAGUCCAGUUGCUGGGAAGCAACAAGAGAAUUACAUAGCUAUUAUGCCCUUCUUGUGUGCUUCCCUGAGGCAGGUGGUUGCUCACUAUUGGCAAUAGGUUAAUGGACUAUACAGACCUUUGUUCAGACUGAAUAGGAAUUUUCUUCUCUUUUUUUUAGAGUAUUACAAAGUGA